AUGAAGAUGCGGUUCUCCCAGCUUCUGGCUGUGUUGAGCCUCACGGCUAGCGCACGUUGCAAUGUGCCAAAAAGCCAUAUUACCCGCGGUAGUGUACUCAAGCAGCCAGAAGACCGCACUGAGCACGGCCAGACAAGCAGGUACAUCAUCGAGACUGAGAGGGGCACCCGGCCAGGAGUCAUGCUUCAGCAGAUGGAUCCCAAGUCCGGACCCAGCCCCAGCAACAGCUAUUACAAGGAGUUUGACUGCAGCGACAUAUUCUCCGGGUUCUCGAUAGAGACACAAUCUGAGAACGAAGACACCGUGCGCAGCAUGCCCGGCGUGGCCAAUGUCUGGCCGAUGAGGUCUGUUCCUCUGGCGCCUAUCGCCAAAAGGAGACCUUUUUAUCCCGACACGGUAGCCAAGAAGUAUUCAAUGCAUCAGUGGACUGGCGUCGACAAGCUUCAUGCACAAGGCAUCCGCGGUCAAGGUGUCAAGGUCGCGGUCAUCGACACUGGCAUCGAUUACACGCAUGAAGCGCUGGGGGGAUGCUUUGGCCCAGGCUGCAAGGUCGCAGGCGGCUACGACCUCGUGGGCACGAACUGGAGCAACCAGGACGAGGUCAAGUCCCCCAAACACCCCGACGAUGACCCUAUGGACUUUUAUGGUCACGGAACGCAUGUCGCUGGCAUCAUUGCUGCCGACAAUGACUGGCUGAUUGGAGUCGCUCCAGAUGCUGAGCUGCUCAGUUACAAGGUUUUUGCAGACGCCGAUGUUAUCACAGCCAGCAUUGGAAGCCCCAAUGGCUUCGCCGACAACCCAUGGGCCGUCGUGGCGUCUCGUCUUGUCGAAAAGGGCGUCGUCGUGACCAUCUCCGCCGGCAACGAAGGCUCACAGGGUCCCUUUUACUCGAGCAGCGGGUCAAACGGGGACGGCGUCCUGUCCACUGCAGCGGUCAACGUCACCGGUAUGCCCAACGCGACGUUUGCCGAUUCCAAGCCCCUCGCGGCGUACUUUACCUCAUGGGGUCCGACGAAUGAGCUUCAUCUCAAGCCCGAGAUUGGUGCUCCUGGCGUCAAUGUGGUCAGCACAGUACCGAGCCAACAGUACGAGGAGAUGAGCGGCACGUCCAUGGCGGCCCCUUACAUUGCUGGUGUUGCGGCACUGUAUCUCGGCUACCACGGUGGGCGUUCCUACAACGGCCCUGGCAUCGCCCAGACUGUGGUUGACCGUAUCGCUACCAGUGGACGCAGUGUAGCCUGGAGUGCGGCUGAUAUCCAGCUGAACAAGACCGCGCCCCCCUUUCAAGUCGGAAGUGGUCUCGUCGACGCCUGGAAGGUUCUUCACUACACGACGCAGGUCACCAGCAAGCCCUUUGCACUCCUGGACACGGAAUCAUUCCAGUCCGACUGGUCGGCGACAAUCACGAACAACGGCAACCAAACGGUAACUUAUGACUUUGAGCUGGAGCCGCAAGAAGGAUUCGAGAUGCUGGAUACGUACUAUGGCAUCAAGUCGCUGUUUGAGAUUCAGCCUAUGACGAUUGUGCCCAACGUCACCCUCUCCGAGCCUGUCGUCUUGCGCCCGGGCCAGACCAGGGACGUAGACUUCUUCUUUGUGCUGCCAGACGUCGACGACGAUCUGCUCCCCAUGUACGGUGGCAAAGUGCACAUCAAUGGCAACAACGGAGAGCGCGUCUCCAUCCCCUAUGGAGGUGCCGCGUACGACACGGAAAAGGAGUUUGACACCAUGUUCUCCACGGUGCCCUACCUCUCCGGCGACGCCGGAAGACCCAGAUGGGCCUUUGACGUCGAGUCCGACCCCCUGGACUACGCCGAGCUGAGCUCUCGCCUCCGGUACGCUUGCUUCCACCUCCGAUGGGACAUCUUCACCCGCUACUGGGACGAGGCCAACUGGGUGCUGCCCGCGACGCCUGGCCUCGGUGGCUACAUUGGGUCGGCCACCAGCUUUCGCGACGCCGACCUGUACUGGUACUUUGACCCCGAGACCAUGGACAAGGACGACACAAUUGCCUUUCCCAUCACACGGGCGCCCAGGGGCCAAGAAAGCUACUGGUGGUUCGGCAAGCUCGCGAACGGGAGCUACAUACAGCCUGGCAACUACACGAUGCGCUUUGCUGCACUUCGACCGUACGGCAACCCGAACAUGUCCGAUCACUGGGAUGUGCUACGUACCCCUUUUGAGGUUCUCCCGCACAGCAACACGUCCACCAACGCAACACGUCUGAUGAAGAGGGCAUACUACUAG